AUCAGAACUUCAUUUCUUCAUUUGUUUUAUUUCUUCCCAAUUCAUCCACCUGGUCCUGUCUGGUUAAAAGGAAGGACAGAUGUAUUAGAAAACACAGCCUGGUGUUCUUGCUGCCUGGCCUGGCCUCAAGUUAAACAGCACAGGGCUAUGUAUAUUUUUGGGCAAGCAGUCAGCACACAUGGAGUUCUUUGUCUUCUGCAGCCUUUUGCAGUUCCUGAAUUUGCAAUGGAAGAGUCGUGGAUUUCCUCCUGGACCAACCCCAUUUCCCAUCAUUGGAAGCAUCUGGUGGAUAAACUUUAGAGCUGAUCAUGGGAGUUUGAAAAAGCUGGCAAAAGCCUAUGGCAACAUCUGCACCCUGUGGAUGGGUCACAGACCUGUGGUGGUGCUCUAUGGCUUCCAAGCCGUGAAGAACGGUCUCACCAACAACUCGGAGGAUGUUUCGGGACGACUGCAGACCUUCAUUUUCAAUAAAAUGGCAGAUGGAAAGGGUAUCUUGGUCUCAAAUGGUCUCAUCUGGAAACAACAGAGACAUUUUGGAAUUGGAACUCUCCGAAAACUGGGAAUGGGGAAUAAAGGAAUGGAGCGUGGGAUACAAACUGAGGCCCAUUACCUGGUGGAGUUCUUCAGAGACAAGAAGGGAGAAGCUGUGGACCCUUCCUUCCCCAUUGUCCACGCUGUCUCCAAUGUGAUUUGUGCUGUGGUUUUUGGACAUCGUUUCUCCCUAGAGGAUAAAACUUUCCGACAGCUGAUUGAAGCCUUCAAUCAUAUAGUGGCUUUUGGGAACAGCUACUUUUAUUAUAUAUGUGAAGUGUUCCCGUGGUUUGUAGAGCACCUCCCAGGACCUGUACGUAAAGCAAGAUUUUCUCGGGAUUUUGUUCGUUCCUUUGUAAGGCAGGAAAUCAAAAGCCACAGGGAAAAAGGCAGAAUAGAUGAACCAGAAGAUUUCAUUGACUUUUACCUGAAGCAGAUAGAGAAAACUAAAAAUGUUCCCAAUUCUACGUUUGAUGAAGACAACAUGGUGCAGUCUGUUUUUGACCUUUUCCUGGGUGGCUCAGAGACCACAGCCACCACUCUGCGCUGGGCUCUGCUCUAUAUGUUGGUUUACCCUGACAUCCAAGACAAAGUCCAGAAGGAGCUGGAUGCUGUUCUGAGUCCCUCCCAUCUCAUCUGCUACGAGGAUCGGAAGAAGCUGCCCUACACAAAUGCUGUGAUUCAUGAGAUUCUCCGCUUCAGCAGCAUUGUGUUAAUCACACUUCCCAGAGAAGCUGUGAAGGAUACCACUGUUUUGGGGUAUCAUGUUCCAAAGGGCACUCUAAUCAUGGCAAAUGUAGACUCAGCUCUUUUUGACCCUGGCUAUUGGGAGACGCCUCACCAGUUCAACCCUGGCCAUUUCUUGGACAAGGGUGGAAAUUUUGUGAUCCGAGAGGCCUUCUUAGCCUUCUCAGCAGGUCACCGUGUUUGUCUGGGAGAGACAAUAGCCAAGAUGGAGCUUUUCAUCAUGUUCUGCAGCCUGUUGCAGAAAUUCAAGUUCACUGUACCAGAAGGAGUUAAGGAAAUCAACACAGACAUUAUCUUUGGGAGCACCAUGAAACCCCAUCCAUACAAGCUCUGUGCAGUUCUGCGCUAGGUUGCUCAGCACUGGAGAUUUAAGAGGCAGACACAGGUUUGGUAGAGUGCUAGGAUUUGUGCAGGUUUAUCGUUCUCAUUUUUAGCUCAAAUUCAGUGCAAAUCUCUCCUUGUUGUGUUAUAUGUCUUAGAAGCCAGCCCUGAAAAAUACUCUGGUUUUCCUGUGUCUGGAAAGUGUCUGUAUUUCUUUUUUUUUUCUGCUGUGUUACAAAUGAAAU